AUGGCGGCGUCGAUCGACUCCAAAACCACCCUUAAAUUCCUCUGUAGCUACGGCGGCAAGCUCGUCCCUCACUAUCCUGACGGCAAGCUCCGUUACCACGGCGGCCAAACCCGCAUCCUCGCCGUCCAUCGCUCCAUCUCCUUCUCCGAGUUAUUGACCAAAUUGAGGGAGUUUUGCGGUGGUGCUAUGGUGAACUUGCGCUGUCAAUUACCGCCGGAAGCCGACCUCGACGACGCUCUGGUGUCAAUAGUCUCCGACGAGGAUCUCGCCAAUCUGAUUGAGGAAUAUGAUCUGUCUCCUGUGAAGACUAUUUUGUCACCGUCGCUAAAAAUCAGAGCAUUCCUUUCGCCGCCGGCGAAAAAACAAUCGCCUCCUCCGUCGUCAUCCUCGUCUUCUUCUUCGUCCACCUCGUCAUCGUCAUCGUCUAAUACUUUCGAGGCCACGAUCGACUCUCCGAGGUGCUACCGCCGGCAGAUUCCGAGGGCGCCGGUGGCUAAACCAGGGAGGAAGUUCGCUCCACGUCACCACGCCGGCCGCACGUAUCUCAUCCGCUACGGGAAUCAUUGGCAAUAA